AUGGACGAGCUGGCCUGGCUGCUGCCCCCGCUCCUGCUGCUCUGCGCGCAGCACCGAGGCGCCAGGGCAAUGAAUGACAUUGGCGACUAUGUUGGCUCCAACCUGGAGAUAUCUUGGCUCCCUAACCUGGACGGCCUGAUAGAGGGCUACGCUCGCAACUUUCGGCCCGGCAUUGGAGGCCCCCCUGUGAACGUGGCACUCGCCAUCGAGGUGGCCAGCAUUGACCACAUCUCGGAGGUGAACAUGGAGUACACCAUGACCGUGUUCCUGCACCAGAGCUGGCGCGACAGCAGGCUGUCCUACAACCACACCAAUGAGACCCUGGGCUUGGACAGCCGCUUCGUGGACAAGCUGUGGCUCCCGGACACCUUUAUCGUGAACGCCAAGUCUGCCUGGUUCCACGAUGUGACCGUGGAGAACAAGCUCAUCCGGCUGCAGCCUGAUGGGGUGAUUCUCUACAGCAUCCGGAUCACAUCCACGGUGGCCUGCGACAUGGACCUGGCCAAGUAUCCGAUGGACGAACAGGAGUGCAUGCUGCACCUGGAGAGUUAUGGCUACUCAUCCGAGGACAUCGUCUACUACUGGUCCGAGAACCAGGAGCAGAUCCACGGGCUGGACAAGCUGCAGCUGGCCCAGUUCACCAUCACCAGCUACCGCUUCACCACAGAGCUAAUGAACUUCAAGUCGGCUGGCCAGUUCCCCCGGCUCAGCCUGCAUUUCCACCUGCGGAGGAACCGCGGUGUCUACAUCAUCCAGUCCUACAUGCCGUCCGUCCUCCUGGUUGCCAUGUCCUGGGUCUCCUUCUGGAUCAGCCAAGCUGCGGUGCCCGCCAGGGUGUCUCUAGGCAUCACCACAGUGCUGACCAUGACCACACUGAUGGUCAGCGCGCGCUCCUCCCUCCCACGGGCGUCGGCCAUCAAGGCGUUGGACGUGUACUUCUGGAUCUGCUAUGUCUUUGUGUUCGCCGCCCUGGUGGAGUAUGCCUUUGCCCACUUCAACGCUGACUACCGGAAGAAACAGAAGGCCAAGGUCAAGGUUAAGGAGCAGAGGGCUGAGAUGGACAUGAAGAAUGCCAUCGUGCUCUUCUCCCUCUCCGCUGCGGGUGUUACUCAGGAGCUGGCUGUGUCCCGCCGGCCAUGCCGCAUGCCCGGGAACCUCAUGGGCUCCUACAGAUCUGUGGAGGUGGAGACAGGGGAGACAAAGAAGCAGGGGGGCCAGGGCGGCCUCCGUGGGCUUCUCAAGCCCAUUGACGCGGACACCAUUGACAUCUAUGCCCGUGCUGUGUUCCCCGCGGCUUUUGCCGCCGUCAACGUCAUCUACUGGGCUGCAUAUACCAUGUGA